AUGGAUCAUGUAUGUCCCACGUGUGCCUCUAUGCUAUGCGCCCCAACGAGCUUCUGGCCAACGCCGUGGCUGUGCAGUCCGCACCUGCAGACCACCUUCGUGCACAACCCCCCAUACACUUCUUCUCCCCCUCACCGCCCCAUCCCUCUCCCCCUUCCCUGGCCCUCCCCUCUCCCUCCUCCUCCCCUGCAGCUUCUGGCCAACGCCCUGGCUGUGCAGUCCGCACCUGCAGACCACCUUCGUGUGCCCUACGUAUCCCGCCGCCAUACCCCCCUCCCGCUCCCUUCUCAAUGCCCCCGUCCCCCUCCCCUCCCAAUGCGCCCCUUCCCCCUCCCCCCCCCCCCCCUCCCCCGUAGCUUCUGGCCAACGCCGUGGCUGUGCAGUCCGCACCUGCAGACCACCUUCGUGCACUUCCUCGCGCCCACGCCCCACGUGCCUUACAUCAGGCAUGUGGUGCGCACACCUGAUGGAGGCACCCUCGGCCUCGACUGGGCUGAACCUGAAGCAGCAGAUGGUGGGGGGAAGGGCGGGAAGGGUGCAGGGGCGGCCGGAAUGGGGGGGAGCGGAGAGGCAAAGGUGGCGGGAGGGCGGGCGGAGCGGACGUCGCAGGUGCCGAUUGUGAUUGUGGUGCCGGGGCUUACCAGUCAGUCCAAUGACAAGUACAUGCGGCAGUGUGUGGCGGGCGUCACACGGCACGGGUGGCGAGCGCUGGUGCCUAAUCAUCGAGGCCUGGGAGGCGUCACCAUCACUUCAAACCGGUUCUACAAUGCGGGCUGGACCACGGACCUGCGGUUUGUCAUCAGCCUGGUGCAACAAGAUUACCCCCACGCGCCCCUCUACGCGAUUGGCACGUCCCUGGGGGCGAACAUCCUGGUGAAGUACCUAGGGGAGGAGGGUGCCUCGGGGCCCAUCCAAGCUGCUGUCUCCAUCGGCAAUCCCUGGGACCUGCUGAUUUGUGAUCGCUGGAUGAAUCGGCGCACGAGGCAGCGCGUGUACAACACGGCCAUGGUUACAGGGCUUAGAGACUUUGCCAAGCUCCACAAGGACAGCUUUCAGCACCUCGUGGACGUACAGCACGUCAUGAAGGCGCGCACCAUCCGCCAGUUUGACGAUCGCAUAACACGCAUUGUCAGCAACUACGAGACUGUUGACACGUACUACCGUCGCUGCGGCUCUGCUCAGUUCCUACCGGAAGUGGCGGUGCCGCUGUUGGCAGUGAGCGCACUGGACGACCCCAUCUGCACCAGGGAGGCCAUUCCCUGGGACGAGGCCAAAGCCAACCCGAACGUGGUCCUGGCAGUGUCACACCACGGGGGGCAUCUGGCGUACCUGCAGGGCCUCACUGCCAGCAGCAUAUGGUGGGUGCAGGUGUCAAUUGACUUCCUACAAGCUGUGGUGGAUGCCCGUAAAGCAGGAGAGACAGUGGGCCAUGCCCUACCUGUUUCCUCCGGAGGAACAACCACCAACCCCCCCCCUCACCCGCACCCUCACUUCAUGGAACCCACCCCCUUCCUCACCUCCACCCCCUCCUUCCGCUCUGUCGCUGCUCUCGGCACCCUCCCUCCCCCCUCCUCCUCCUCGCCUCUCUCCCCCUCCCAAACCCCCCUGGCCCGCCGCCGAACCCCUUCCUCCCUUGGAAACAUCUCGGAGGAGGAGGCUCGGGAGGAGAGGCUCGGCGCGCCGAGCCUGACGGGCAGGGGCGGCAAGCGUGGGAGGAUUGGUGGGGAGAGUGGGUGUGUGGAAGGAACAGGGAAGGUUGUUGGAGGAGAGAGGGGGGGAGGUGAGAGGAGGGAAGCAGAGAGGGGGGAAGGACGGGGGAAGGUUCAGUGGGUGGGAUCGUCUGGUGGUGGGCUGGUGGGUAAAGAUGAAGGGGGAAGGGGAGUGGAGGGAGAGGUGGAGGGAGAAAAGGGGGAAUUAGAGGACGAGGAGGAUGAGGAGGAGGAGGGAAUGAGCACUGUAAGCAUGUCAGUGCUGGCAGGGACUAUAGACGGUAGAGAGUCUGUUAUUGACGAGGAUGAGGAGAAGGAGGGGGAGGUGGGGAGUGCAGUGGGGGAGGGAGGAGGCGAAGACGAGUGGGAGAUGGGGCCUGCAGGUGCCAUGUGUGGGGAGGACGACCUGGGGGAGGUCGUAUCUGGGACAGGGAAAAGCGGGUCUACUAUCGGCAAUGUAGGGGAUUUCGGUGGGAGAGGAGGGGCGGAAAGGCGAGGAGUGAGGGGAGGGGGAGGAACAGGGGGGGCAGGGGGAGCAGGGGGGGCACGGGGGGAAGCAGGGAGAGCAGGAGCAGGGGGGGCAGCGGUGGUGCAGCUGCGAUUUGAGAGUGAGGAGCAGCUGAGGGUGGCUGCAGUGGUGGUGCGCGAACUGAUGAGCAAGAUCCAGCGGUGCCUCGAAUCAUCACCACCGGCUCUUCAAUCGCCCCUCUCCUCUCGGCGAUCAACGGUUCCCAUGCGUCAGCACAAGUCUGAGGACGCUGAUCCAGCAACAACCACCCACCAGCACACCUCCAACCAGGAGCACCCAACCCACCUCCCACACCACCAACUGCACCUGCCCCACCACCCCCCCGCCUCCCCCUCGCAUGCACCCUCCACCGACCUCUUUGCAGCUGCAGCCUCCCCCGGGUGGGCAGGUGCAGCCUCCCCCAGGUGGCACCUGGCCUAUCUCGCCCUUUCUGUUGCCUGCCCGCUGGUUGCCAGCGCUGUCGCACUUCGGCUCUACCGCCGCCGAGCCGCAGCGGGAGGCUCGGGGAGCUUGGGUCUGGCUCGGCUGGCGUCGGCUUUGGCGAAACCAUAG